AUGGAAGGCGCCCGGUUACGGUCUUCCGUGGGACUGCCUCGGAUGGUGACCAAGCCCACUGUCAUUGAAGACAAUGGCAAGAAGCUAAACCUCAAGGCAGGGCAACACAUUCUCUGCAACUUGGUUUCCGCUUCUAUGGACCCGACAAGUUUCCCAGAGCCUGAAAAGGUCAGGCUUGAUCGCGAUAUGGAUCUCUACGCUCAUUUUGGUUUUGGUCCACAUCAGUGCUUAGGUAUUGGGCUUUGUAAGCUAGCGCUUACCACCAUGCUCAAGGUCAUCGGGCGCUUGGAUAAUUUGCGCCGUGCCCCAGGGCCCCAGGGGCAGCUGAAAAAACUGUCUGGGCCUGGUGGAAUUGCAAAAUACAUGAAUCCAAACCAAAGCGGAUUUUCUCCCUUCCCAACGAGCAUGAAGAUUCAAUGGGAUGGUGAAUUGCCGCAGGUGGAGAGGUAG